UGCCCCCGCGGGGUGGCUGCUGCAGCCUACGCUACCUCCGCCACUGCUUGCAGCCCGCAGAGUCCAAGCUGUAGCCCGAGCGGCGCCCAGCCCGACGUGGGGCUCCCGGGCCGCGGAGGCGGGCGGGCGAUGCUCCAGCGGCCUGAGCAGUCAUGGAGGCCGAGGCAGGCGGCCUGGAGGAGCUGACGGAUGAGGAGAUGGCGGCGUUGGGCAAGGAGGAGCUGGUGCGGCGCCUGCGGCGGGAGGAGGCGGCGCGCCUCGCGGCUUUGGUGCAGCGCGGCCGCCUUAUGCAGGAGGUGAAUCGGCAGCUGCAGGGUCACCUGGGCGAGAUUCGCGAGCUCAAGCAGCUCAACCGGCGCCUGCAGGCCGAGAACCGGGAGUUGCGCGACCUCUGCUGCUUCCUGGACUCUGAGCGCCAGCGGGGGCGGCGCGCUGCGCGCCAGUGGCAGCUCUUCGGGACCCAAGCAUCUCGGGCGGUGCGUGAGGACCUGGGUGGCUGUUGGCAGAAGCUAGCCGAGCUGGAGGGCCGCCAAGAGGAGCUGCUGCGGGAAAACCUGGCGCUUAAGGAGCUUUGCCUGGCGUUGGGAGAGGAGUGGGGCCCCCGCGGCAGCACCGGCGGUGCGGGGGGCUCAGGCGCCGGGCCGACACCGGAGCUCGCGUUACCCCCCUGCGGGCCCCGUGAUUUAGGUGACGGAAGCUCUAGCACCGGCAGCGUGGGCAGUCCCGAUCAGUUGCCCCUGGCCUGCUCCCCGGAUGACUGACUGCGCUGCUUCUUCCAUGCCGACGCCCGCCCAGAUUACUCCCCGAGCGCCGGAACUGCUGUGGACCUCCAGACCUGGACGCCGCCUCUGCGCACCAGGGGCUGCUGGCGUGGACUGAGAAGCCCUGGCACUGAGGAGGGCCCCUCGCUCUCGCUGGCGGGGCAGCAGGGGGACUGGAGCGGAGGGACUCGCUGGGGGGUUGGGUGGGGACUAAUAAACUGGGACGGAAGCGGA